AUGCACCCCGGGGCUCCGGCAGCCCCUGGAAUCCCUGAGCCCAGCCCCGGGGAGCUGUGUGCCUUCGUGACUGGGGCAGCCGCCUAUGUGCUGCGCACCCUGCACCCCCGGAGGACCCGGCCCCCCAAAAGGAGGCCCAACCAUAGGAGGUUCCUGCACAACCAGAUCUGCAGGCAGGUUGCCAAGAUCGAAGCUGCCACCCAGCACCUGGCCAUAUCCAUCCUAUCCCAGGAGGCACCUCCCCAGAGACCGCCACCCCAAAGGCCACCUCCACCACCUCCAUCCCCCUUCCUGGGGGUGGCCUUUGCUGUGGCCCCCACUGAGGCACCCCAUACUGGCCCCAGCCUGAGUCUUGCUGCCCUGGACGCCUCCACCCACGACCUCUUUGAGGACACUGUGGUCCCCCAAGAGUGUCCCUCAGUGCCAUCUGACCUGUCCCAUUGUGUGCUGGGCCAGGUGGACCUGAGGCAGGACCCACACUUCUACGACCCCCUGCUCCCUACCCUGCAUGCCCUGGGGGGAUGGAAUGAGCCCUCAGCUCCUGAGGGGGGUUGGGUGGGCAGGAGCCCCCUGUCCCACCCACUACCCUCCUGGCAGCCUCUGGAAAUAUGA